CAGUAGACACUGAUAAAGCUAGAGUACGUUAUAAUGGUCAUUUAUUUUACUUAUGGGUUGCUGUUUGCAUACUUUGCUCUGCCUGGAAUCUUACUUGGGGAUUUGGCUUUCCGAUGUCCAAGUUGUACCGCGGAACGUCUAGCUGCAUGUCCCAAAGUCACAGCAGCUUGUACAGAAAUAGUGAGAGAGCCUGGCUGCGGCUGCUGUCCACUGUGUGCCAGGCUGGAGGGGGAACUUUGCGGUGUCUAUACGCCAAGGUGCUCCAGCAGCCUGAGGUGCUACCCGAGCACAGACUCUGAAAUACCUUUGCAACAGCUCAUUGACGGUUUAGGACGAUGUGGACAAAAAGUAGACAUGGAUGUCACAACAAGUCUGUACCACCAGGCUACAAAUGAGGUGCAUGGGACUGAAAAUCCGCUCACCAAAAGACCUUCCAUGGAUGCUUGGUUUUGGCAGGAGUCCGCCAGGAAACAACACCUGAAUGAACGCAAAACCAAGAUGAAGACGAAUCAACUAGAGGACCCUCGAAUCCAGAAAGUCCUACAGAGCGCCUGUCAGCAGGAGCUGGACAAGGUCUUAGAGGAGAUCUCCAAAAUGACCUCUCAGGAUAACAGAGGCCCGCUGGAGAACCUGUACGGGCUCAAAUUUCCAAACUGUGACAGACAUGGACUGUACAACCUCAAACAGUGCAACAUGUCCACCCACGGCCAGCGGGGCGAGUGCUGGUGCGUUAACCCCUUAACCGGGGUCCAGAUUCCAGCAACGCCUAGAGUCAGAGGGGAUCCCAACUGUGACGAGUUUCAGGAGGAGCUCAGAGUGAUGCCCACUACAGCAGCAUCUCACUAGCACAGUGGCUGUGUUUGAUGGGGGCAUGAUCCCAUGAAUAGGUUUAUUCUAUCGACAUGUAAAGAAGUCGCUAUAUAUGAAGGCUGUCUCUUUAUUAAAUGUACACUAGCUUUAAAGUUAAAGUAUUAACUAAACAAAUAAAAGGCCAAAUGCCGUAUUUUGCACUGUUAGCAAAAGAGAAAAAUGAUUCAUGUAUCCAGCUCGUGAUUCCUACACCUUUUAGGUUAAACUUUAUAAGCAUAUACGUACAGUAGGUCCUUUAUUAUUUGCAUUCAAAGGACUUAUAUGCUUUCUAGUA